GCUUCUGAGUGCGUUUCCUCGUCCAGUUGCUGGGUUUUGUGGCUACAUGGCAGGGAAACUGUCGUACAUGAAGACAUGCCAGGAAAAGUUCCAGAGGCUGGAGAACUCCCCUCUGGGAGAAAUCCUGAGGCAGAGGGCCGGCAUUCCUCCACAUGACUCCGGCGGGGCUCAGUCUGAGCUCAGCGACCCAAACAGCCCUUCGUUUGACACCAUGUUCCAGCCUGGAGACGCACCAGGCGCAGCAUCCAGCCAGAGCAGAGAUCCGGGGUAUGGAUUCAGCCCUGAUCGCCCUGUGCAGAUGGGCAGAGCGGAUGACUUCAGCGCUCCAGUACAGUCCUAUGUGCAGGAUGACGAGGAGCCUCGGAAGAAAGCCAUCCUCUAUGAGGACCUGAGGCUGAAAAACAGGGAGAACUAUGAGGUGACGCUCAUUCAGAAGGCUGACACCAUGCUCAAAGGGCCAUCAGCGAAGGACCCAGAGGGAGGCAAGAAACCAGUGAAGAAGAACAUCUACGGAGACACCUGGGAAGAAUGAGUCUUCUUUGGACGGGCCGUGUGCGCCGACAGCACUGAGAACAGCGGGACAUCGGGUCUCAGUCCUUUCUGUUCCUGUGUUUAUGGUUGAGUUGGAGAUAAAUGUGACGUUGCAAGUAUGAAUAAAAUUAAACUGGUCAAUGACA